UUGUCUUACAAUUUCUCUCCUUCUCUCUGUAUGUCUCCUUUCUUUCUCUUUUCCUCUCUGUAUCUCUCUCUGCUGUCAUACCUGUGUGGACCCCCUUUGAUUACUAAUUUAUUUAUCGACUCAAUCCUUUUGUCUGUCCUUGUUUGUCCCCUCUAUGUUUUACCCCUUGUGUAUGUGCCUGCUUAUGUGAGUGUGCGUAUAUGUAAACGCAUGUGUGUGUGUGUGCGAGCGCGUGCCUGUGUAUGUAUGAGUGUGUGCGUACGUGUAUGCGUGUGUGUGUGUGUGUCUGCUUGCGUUCAUGUGAGCGUUUUAAACGACUACACAGAACGUUUCAUAUCGUAAUCAUAUCAGUGACGGACUAAUUUCACGUUCGGGACAAUUUAACCUUUUACACCGUCCUUGUUGCGAUAAUGGCAGCUGUGUCGCGUGUUCUAAUCGUAGGUGCUGGAAUAAGCGGCGCCUUAACCGCGGCCUUGCUCAGGAAGGAGCUUAGUCACGUACACAUAUCAGUAUGGGAGAAGGCCCGCGGGGCGGGUAUGUACAUACGCUUUCAUUUACCUGUGGUACGUGGAGACGAUAUUUUGCAAAAAUAUGUUUUCGAGUGUGUUGAAUAUGUAACAUUUGUGUUUCUAAUAUCGGAAUUUGAAGAAAAACAAAUCUACAAUGAGCUGUUUUCUACUGGACUAUUGCAGCCCUUUAAAGGCCUCAUUGAAGGAGAAAGCCCUGCAGGACACAGCUUACAGAAUUUUGUUUGCCCCAAGGGGUUUUCAGCCCUUGUUAAGCAUUUUCUAUCUAGUGCAGCUCCGGUCGAUGUGAAAUUCGAAAGCCGUGUGGUCAGCAUCACGAAGCAUCCUGCGACCACCACUGACCAACUUGUUGUCUCCACCGAAUCGGGUCAUCAGGACACCUUUGACGCUGUAAUCCUUACUGUCCCCGUGCCACAGUUGUUCUUGCUGGAAGGGGACAUUCCGAAGAUGUUAGAUUCAAACAAGACAUUGAAAGAACAGCUCGAAAGCGUAAGUUAUUCAUCCAGAUUCUGUCUUGGUAUUUACUACCCUCCAGGCACCACGCUGAAUUUACCAUGGACUGCCAAAUAUAUCGAUGGCCAUCCCUGUCUACGCUAUAUCUGUGUGGAUACACAGAAGCGGGCUGACCCGCAAAGUGGACAGUCCGUCGUGGUGCACAGCAGUGUCCCCUGGGGUGUGGAACACGUAGAAGAAAGCAAGGACGAUGUAAAACCCAUCAUGUUAGACUAUGUACGAGGGCUGCUCCCUAAUUUGCCAGACCCAGAGUUUGUCAAAGGACACAAAUGGAGAUACUCUCAGGCCCGAACACCAUUUCCUGGCAGCCCAGGCUGUGUUCAACUGUCCAAAGAUCCGUCACUAUUGGUGGGCGGAGACGGAUUCAGCUACUCCAAGUUUGAAGGAUGUAUUGACUCUGCCAAUGCUCUCGUUGCUGCUGUAUUACAUCAUUGAUGACCAUAUAUGGUGCUAAUGUAAAACUGUCUUGGUGCUUUAAUGAUAGGCUGGUGUGAUUUAUGAAGAGGGAUACAUUUCAAUAUGCAUCAGGGGUGUGGUUCCUUGAUAGGGUGUGGUUUAUUAAAAAACUAGCUUAGAGAGAUAUGGUUUAUUAAAUGCAUUGGCUAGAGGUGUGGCCUAUUAAGUUAGUUUAGAAGGGUGUGGUUUAUUAAAUUUACUGGUUAGGGGUGUGGCCUAUUAAGUUAGUUUAGAGGGGUGUGGUUUAUUAAAUUUACUGGUUAGGGGUGUGGCCUAUUUUUCACAUCCAGUAGCCCAUGUCCCAUGUUAAGCCACAUAUGUUCAUUAAACUAUGCCCCACCCCAGUAAAUUACAGCUUUUAAGAAACCACACCCUAAUAACCCAUACUCUUUGCUAAAUUACACUUCCCACCCCCAGUAACCAUUAUCUCUGGUAAGCCACACCCUCUAUAAACUGUGCCAUAUGUCUUAGAAAAGGACACAUAGGGUAAUACAGGUCUAGGUUCCUUGCAUAUAGGAAAAACACAGGAGGGUCAUGGCUGGAACGCUUUUGAUCAUAGGUCUUGUUUAAGACCGAACUGGUGCUAUUAUCAUCUGUGCCUCUAUGAGGUCGUACAAUCUGCUAGAAAUAGCAGUCAAAUUGGCCUCAAAUCAUACUCUGGUAUUUUAGAAAAAGAAUAUUUUUGCAUUAUGUAGUCUUGGACCCUCUACAUGUAGGAAAAAAAAAAAACGAGUGGUCAUGGUUGGAGUGCCUUUGAUCAUUCAUGACUGGACAUUGCUAUAUAAUCAUUAUCAAGGAUGCCUCUACAUCAACAGUUCUCAAUUACCGUACAGCCUCCAGGGACACAUGCAGCCCUCAAGCAUUCUUCCGGCAGCCCCUGAUAGGCUUUCCUCUAUAAAUAAACUAAAUUUUUCUUUAA